AUGCUCAUACAGCGCCGCACCUUCCCUCCUGCUAAGAUAUGUGGCCAAACUGUCCAGUGAAUCAUGCAUUUGGUACUUAAAGUUAACGAUGAUUGACUGGUUUGUAGCUUUGAUUUGGCCAGAGAAGCUUGGUAGCUAUAUAAUGUGACAAUCAUUGUUAAACUUGCAGCUGUGUGCUGUGCCAACUCAUUGUGUAAGUGAGAGGCUGUUCUCAGCAGCGUGAGUGUCAAAGCAUGAGUGGAUUUGAGUGGACUCAUUCAAUGAAGCAUUUCUCUAUGUUAUUCUUGUUUGAAAAUAAUUCACAUUAUGAAAGCGGCAUGGUGGGUCAGUAACAUGUUCAGUAACACAUUGGAACUUCUGUUCAAAUUAUUAUUUUUUUUAAAAAUCGAUAUUGGAUCGGAACUCGGUAUUGGCAGAUUCUCAAAAUCAGGUGACUGACUCGGGUGCAAAAAUAUGCGAUCGGGACAUCCCGACCAGUGACCAAUCAAGGGUGUACCCUUUAAAUCCCUACUGUAUAUAGCUGGAAAACAGCAUUUCAUAGUUCAUAUUCUGCUUAUAUUUCUACAACUUGCUUGUGUUGGACAUAAUUAGAAUAGGUGAGUGUACCUGAUCAAGUUGUUUAGCUGAUGGAUAGAAUUUCAUAAUUUUACUUCUGUAUAAUAUUGAUUUAUAUGAGUCAUGUAGUAUUACAUCAUGUGGAUUUCAGUUUGACUGACUUUGAACACUUCGUGAUUCAUAGUGAAAAUCCACAAUGUCGCAUGCCAGUCAACAUCCUGUUUGAGUGCUUAUGUAGUACUCAGCUACACAUCUCCCCCUUCAUACUUCCUCUCUUGCCAGAGGAAACAGGGAGACUUCUCCUCCUCUAAAAUCUGCAUCCUGCUCUCUGACUUUUUGGUGGCUAAGCACUGCUUGAUGCACUGAUGGCCGCCAGCAGGCUUUUCGGGGAUGUUUUUGCACUCUUGCGAGACCGGUGAGCUCAACUGCUAAAAAUCCCGCUGAUUCCAAAACAACACAAGGAAGCAUUCAGCUUUGUGUGGGAGAUUCCAGCAACUUGUUCCAGAUCAGGGCGCAGCACGUGAUGCGCUCCUUGCCGAGGCCGCUCAGCGAGCCGUGCGACCGCUCCUUUGCCGUGACCCGCCUCUGCAAGCAGCAAGAGUGUCUCGCUAACCAUCGCGUGUCCCAGGCCAGCGAGGCCAGCACGUACGACUCGGCCUGCUGUCUGGUCAACCCGCUGGAGGAAGAAGAUGAAGGAGAAUUCCACCAGCGCUUGGCUCAAGGGUCCUCCAACAGUGACAAGAGUUUGGACGUUGACUCUGGCUACUCUGAGGCCUCGUGGCACGAUGAAGGUGUUGUUCUGAGAAGGACAAGAAAUGUGCGGGUGUCUUCUUCCGCUUGCCUUCGCACGAACACGGGACCUUCGGGAAGGAUCCGACCCAAAUCUACCUCGGACGCUUGCUUAGAGCGCUGGACCUCCUUUGAGGCCAACGACGCAGAGGACUGGACCACAGCCUUGCUCAGUAGGAGUAGAAACAGACAGCCUCUGGUUCUGGGAGACAACAGUUUUGCGGACCUAAUAAAGAAUUGGAUGGAUCUUCCGGAGUGUCCAGAACCUGCACAACACAAGGCAAGCGGCGGGCGACGUCUCGCCAAGGACAUUCUAAUCAACAUGAAGCGACGACUGGCCGGAAUGUCCAAAAGUGUGGAAAUGAGGCAGAAACCAGCAGACUCCGCUCGAGGGGGCGGGGUUUCCGAAGCCCCUAAAAGGAUGUCCUGCCCUUUGGGAAUUCAGUCGCUCAAACCUUUCUUCCACCAGUCACACACGGGACUGCACACGCUCGACUCGGACUUUUACCGCUUUACUGCCCUAAUGAAGACGGGCAGCCGACAGCCUAUAAUAUGCAACGACAUCAUCGGUUACAUCUAAAUUUAUACGAUGGAAUUUUGCCAACAGUAACAACCCAAAUAACUCUUCCUUUUAGUGUAAUUUUUGGACAAUAACACGCUAUAAGCCGCAUCCACAAUUGAAAAAAAAAAAUCCAUUUGUUCAUAUACAGUAUAAAGCCACAGGUGUUCUGGCAUAUUUACACCAAAAGUCAUGCAGCUCAUUAGCCUAUAAAAAUCAAUAAAUAUGUUGCACUGGACCAUAAAUGGACCCAUGGUUGGGGCAGCGGUUUAAUGUCCAAAAAUAAUAGUAUUUAUUUGCUCUCAGUUUAUAACAUUGUGGAAACUGUUUCAUUCUUUCAAAAACACAACAACUACCCUAGACCCUUGUACCCCAGACAAGCAAUAAAAACACUAAGCAAAUAAAAAACACUUGAGUCUCUAACUCAUUGGAAAGUACUGUGUUUUUAGAAGAUAAAGGUUGAGAAUGACGAGAGUGAGGUUUCAUUAUUAAAUUUGCCUCACAGUCAGAUUUUGGGUUUGAAUCUCUGUUGGAACAUUUCUGCAUGGAGUUUGUAUGAUCUACCCAUGCUACCUCCCACAUUAAAAGGACAAGCAUUUUGGCUUGUUCGAGACUCAAAUUUUAAAUUUCAAUGUGAGUGUGAAUGCAUACAGAUUCCAUGAUUGACUGCUGAGCGACUAGGCUUAGGACAAAGGUCAUGUGCCUCACUGAUUACCCUAAUGAG